AUGUCGACCCCAGGAUCUGGUCAUGAAUUCCCUCGCCAGGAGGUGUCUUGGCAGAAGCGUGACGUCCUGCUUUUUGCAAACAGUAUCGGCUGCAAAGCCGAUGAACUACACUUCCUCUACGAGCUUCAUCCAAACUUCGCGGUUUUUCCCACAUAUCCUCUUAUCCUUCCGUUCAAACUCACAGACCAAGAAGUGACGGACUUUUAUACACGUUCCGGGGGUUCUCCUAUUCCUGACGUCCCGAAAUUCGACUAUCGCCGCGUCGUCGACGGUCAGCGCAAGCUCACCAUCAUCAAGCCCCUUCCCCCCACCAGUGCGGGCAAGGAGUUUGAGCUGCGCAACAAGGUCAUUGGAGUCUACGACAAGGGUAAGCCCGGGACAGUGGUUGAAACAGAACAGACUAUAGUGGAAAAGGGAACGGGUGAGGUCUACUCAAGAACUGAAAGUAGCGGUUUCUUUGUUGGUCAAGGUAACUGGGGUGGUCCAAAAGGCAAGGCUAUCCAUGCGGAUCGCCCGAGCAACGUGAACUAUCUUCCGCCGGAUAACAGAAAGCCAGACGCUGUACAUGUAGUUCAAACAACUACGGAGACAGCUCAUCUUUAUCGGCUCAAUGGGGACUACAACCCUCUCCAUGCUACUCCUGAACCAGGUGAGAAAAUGGGCUUUGGGGGUGCCAUUAUUCAUGGCCUCUUCAGUUGGAACUCUGCUGCCCAUGGUGUUCUGAGAGAGCUUGGGGGUAGUGAUCCGAAGAAUCUCAAGGAGAUUCAGGCGCGUUUUGCUUCACCGGUUAAGCCUGGUGACAAGCUUAUCACUGAGAUGUGGAGAAUGGGCAGCUCUCAAGGCGGUUACGAAGAAAUCAGGUUCGUGACUAAGAAUGAUAAAGGCAAGGCGGUCCUGAGCAAUGUAGUGGCUGAUCGAGGUGCUAGCACAUCGCAUUGCGUGUCAUCACUUACCCGGAGAUAUGUAUUGCCUUACCAGUUAUCAUUCAAUCUUACUCGGCGUCCUGCUCUCCUCCGUGAAAUGUCGUCUGAUGCAAGAAUCGCGCCAGGCUCUUGCUCUGCAGGUAAGAGCGAGGAUUCCUGGCCAUCGCACAUGGAGAACUCUAAGUGGAAGUCACUGAAACUUGGCCAUGGGGAUCAAUACGGGCCCUUUGGAACGUUCUGGCUUCGGGAUAACUGCCAAUGCUCCAGAUGCAUCCAUCCUGAUACAAGACAACGAAUUGUUGAUACUUUCGCGAUACCCGAGGACAUCAGCAUCAAGACUCUCGCUUAUGGGUUGAAAGGUGUGGACAUAGAAUGGACCGACGGACAUCAUGCCUACUAUCCUUUCUCUUGGCUCAGAAGCAAUAUUUACCAUCAUGACCCCAGGUUGAACGUGAAACCGACCUUAAAAUUCAGACGGUCCAAAACAUACAUUCCCAGCAAAGAUGAGACAUUUCCAACCUUCUCGUAUGCCGAAAUCAUGGCCGACGAUGGGGCUCUGCUUGGCUGGCUCGAUGCCAUAUACGAGUGGGGGUUUUCCUUUGUUAAAAAAGUUCCUGUCGACCCGGAAUCAACCGAAGGCCUCAUCAAGAGGAUUGCUUUCAUUAGAAACACCCAUUACGGUGGAUUCUGGGAUUUCACCGCCGACUUGACCUUCAAGGAUACCGCCUAUACGACAGAAUUCCUCGGUGCACAUACAGACAACACAUAUUUUACCGAUCCUGCGAGACUCCAACUCUUUCACCUUCUAUCCCAUACCGAUGGUGAUGGCGGAGCUAGCCUACUUGUAGAUGGUUUCCGGGCCGCUUCCAUUUUGCGUGACGAGCACCCGCAGGACAUCUCAGUAUUGGCAUCAGUGAGACAACCUUACCACUCGAGCGGCAACGAGGAGACAUGCAUACAACCUGCAGAGCAAGCCCCGGUCCUUAAGAGUCACGGUCAGCUAAACCGGCUGUAUCAGGUUCGCUGGAACAACUAUGACCGGGCAGCCAAGAGUGACUGGAAUUGCGAAGAACAGUCUGAAUGGUACACUGCGGCACGACACUGGAACGAAAUCAUAAGUCGCAAAGACAUGGAGAUCUGGACACAGCUUGAACCAGGAACGGCUCUCAUUUUCGACAAUUGGAGAAUGCUUCACGGCCGCUCGGAAUUUACGGGAAAGCGCAGGAUGUGCGGUGGCUAUGUCAACAACGAUGACUUCAUUUCGCGGUACCGUCUUCUCAGGUUCGGCCGCGAACAGGUCCUGAGAAACAUCGGCAAUGCUCGUCCGGAACAGGAUAACCCGAACUUUUACAUCUAG